AUGAGCGAGGAAAUUGUGGUGUCAAAGUCCUGCUACGAUGACUUCGCUGCAGCAACACCAUGGAGAAAUUUUGAAAUCAUUGUGGAAGAUCGAUCAUUUUUUGUGAAUCCCGGCUGGUUGGCGGAGUUAUCACCGUUUUUCGCCGAAUAUUGUUUCGGUGAAGAUGCUCACCGAUCGCUUAUAAUUGACGAUAUUAAACCAUCAGAUAUGUUGGAGUUCUUUCGCUGUAUAUUCUUCUGCCCAAUGCGCAAACCUAUCGCUGUUUCAAACGUGUCACUAGUUCUCCGUGUGGCGUCCCGAUUUGAAAUGAAGCCUGUUGUUGCCAGGUGUGAGCAAUUUGUGGCUCGUACGGCUAAUACUUUGGAUCGAGAGCGCCUUUUCCAGGUGAGACUGCAAAUUAUGACUUGUUUUAAUUUCAUCUCUUUUUUUUUUCAUGAGUUUUGGAACUUUACAAAAAAAAAUGCAAAAAAAUAAUA